GUUCAUCAUGGCCGAUAGCGCAUAUCCCUACGACACCAGCCUGGUGCGCGAGCUACUAAAGAACAAGCGCAAGACCCGCGGAAUCCGGUCCUGUUUUCCCUGUCGACAUCGCAAGGUUCGCUGCGACGGCCAAAUCCCGUGCUCCAGCUGUGUCAAACGCAACCAUCCUGAAUUAUGUCGUGUGCCGACUUCUUCUGAGGCCGGAAACGAGGAUCAUGCCCCGUUUCCCUCGACUGAUGUUCCUCAGGAACCAUUUCAGAACCUCCAUUCGACGAACCUCGGUAGCGACAGUUCAGUCGCCGCUCCAAAAGGCCCCACAGUAUCUCUUAUUGCUCGCCUGGAGGCCAUUGAGGACCAAAUCUCCUCGCUGAAGGCCGAUCUCUUGGCCACGGCAGCAACGGCAUCCACGCCUGCCUCGCAGCCUAGUCCGCUGCCCGGCAUGCGCGUACGACCUGCCAGCAGAUCACCUGGUCGGUAUCUUAUCGAUGAUGCUACAGGUGCAACGAUCUACCUGGGUCGACACGCAGACGCGCCGCUGGCGCUGGGCUAUCGUCAGACAACGACGACGUCGGCGAUGACGGGCGAUUUCUCUCUGCAAGACGCCUUGAUCAAUCAAUGCAUGCCGCGGGCAUACCCGUUUAUCAACCUCUGGGGUGCGGGGGCGACCGUGCAAGAUGUGUGCGAGACGCUGCCGGAUGAUUCAGAUGUGAUUCGCUACUGGCAGGCGUAUCAGUCUAAGGCCUAUCCGUUCUACCCGGCGUUGGUGGCCAUCGACGCGUUUGCGCAGGCACUGUUCGCCUUCUUGGACCAGCGGAUGUUGCCAAACGAGGCGAUGACGCCGGUAGAGGAGCCAAGCUCGUCUUGGAUGGCGCUGCUGUUUGCUGUCCUGGCAUGUGGGGUCCAGUUUUCGGAUGAUCCGAUCCAGGAGCGCGAUCUGCGGUCCAAAGUCUUUGUUUGCUCGUCUUUCCAGUGUCUGCGCAUGUCCAAUUUCUUCUACCAAACCAACCAAGACCAAAUUCAGGCCAUGGCCUUGAUCGGACACUGCCUGCGAAACAACCUGGAUACCAACAGUGCAUGGAUCCUCAUGGGUGCAACCAUUCGGUUGGCGCAGAGUAUCGGGCUUCAUGAAGCGUCUCCAUCUUUGCCAGAAGCAGAGCAGUUUGAGCGAAGCAGGUUGUGGUGGAUGCUCAUCUGGCAAGACACAUUCCUCUCAUUCACAUACGAUCGCCCCCUCAGCACAGCAACUAUCUGUCCGAUUCCAUACAAGCACGGACCGGACGGUCUAAGCUUCCAGGAAUGCGUCUUCGCAAUCUGCCAUCAGAUCAUCGAAGAAGCACGCCAGGAGACCACAAAUGGCCCGCAGGAUCCCUUAGAAAGAAUGCACGAAUCUAAACGCCAACUUGACGGCAUCCGCGACGCCGCCGCCCCCUUCCUUGCCGAUAAACGACGAUGUGUCUCGCUGCAGGACCAUCUCGAGCGGCUGGCGCUGGGUGUCCACCUUGGGUAUGUGACCUGCCGAGCUGACCGGGUCUACCUGGAUGGCCUGGAUGGCGUCCCUCCAACCGGUGUAGCUGUCGAUUGCGUGCAGCGCGCGAUGCAGGCCAUCGAGAGCUUUCUCGAUCUCCACCGAUACUCAGCCAGCGUGUGCCGCUCCUGGGCCUUUGUCCACAAUGCGGUAAGCUGUGCCAUCACGCUCAAAAGCCUCAAUCACAUACCACCCGAUGAGCGGCACAAGUCAGAUCUCCUCUUACAGCGACUGAUAGCUGUGCUCGAGAAGGAGGAGAAAGACUCCGAGUGGUGCGACAACGACACCAACGUGCGUUACUUCGGGCCGUACUCGAGGGCUCUGAAAGCCCUGCGUGAAACUUACCACAGUGCCAGCUGACUACGUACUUGCUGAUCUGGAAAAGUCAUAGAACAUCUAUUUUACAUUCACGAAUCAUCUUGUUCAUCAGUCUAUGUACAAAAUCCCCUUGUCAAUCACACGCGGCGCUUGGCCCGAACGUAAAAGUUCAAAGGCCGGAUGAGCUGGAACUCAGGAUCGUAAUCGAUGGCCUCUUGGCCGUCGCGUACGAACUCAUACCGACUUACCAGCUCUGCUAGCAGGACCUUCACCUCCAGCAGGGCAAAAUUGAAACCGAUACAGCCGCGCGGCCCCGUCGCAAACGGUACAUAGGCGCAGCGGUGGCGGUUCUUGACCUCGUCUGUGUCCCAGCGAUCCGGGUCGAAGCGGAAGGGAUCGCGCCAGAUCUUGGGAUUGGUGUGGAUGGCAUACAGGGCAGGCACAAUGACGCUGUCAGGCG